UUCUGGGCAAAUACCAUGUCAAUAGUUACCCCAUCUUGCCAAGCCCACUUUCUGCAUGCAUGUCAUGAAUAUGUAUUGUCAGUUGUGGAACAAGCUCGAGAUCGAUCCGGCAACAAAGUCCGUUCAAUUCAAGAUUACCUUGAGGUCCGGCGACUGGCAGCUGGGGUCUACCCGUCACUUGCUCUUUUGGAACUGGAUUUAGACCUUUCUGAUCAUGUCAUAUCCCACCCGGCAAUGAAAACUUUGACUCGAUGUGCUGUCGACAUAAUUGCUUUGGGAAACGACAUAUACUCCUUUAACGUCGAACAAGCUCGUGGAGAUGGAUCUCACAACAUCAUCACUGGGGUGAUGAUGGAGCUCAAGUUGGAUUUACAUGAGGCAUUGGAAUGGGUAGGGCACUAUCAUCGGGAAAGAGAGCUGGAGUUCUUGAGAGCAGUAAAGGAACUACCCAUGUGGAGUUCAGAAAUUGACAGACAGGUUGCACAAUAUGUCAAUGGGAUUGGAAACUGGGUUCGAGCUAACGAUUGCUGGAGCUUCGAAAGCAGACGAUAUUUUGGCCAGGAUGGUUUGAGGGUUCAGGAAACUCGGAUGGCACCGAAAGUUGUUUGA